AUGUAUAAUUUGUACCGUAUAUCGUCGAGUAUUUCUGUGAAUCUUCCCGUUCCAUCUUCUACAGAUUGGACAAGUGCAUUAGAAGUUCGAGGGGAGGCACCAGACGAACUCCUGGUAAUACCACCAUGGACUACUGGAGCAUUGUAUCUGGUAACUAUUGAUCCCGAAACAGAUGGACUGGUGCUUGAAUCCCCAUUCCGGUUAACCGACCUGGCGCCAUGCUCCCUCGAAACAAAUGGCAGCAUUUCCAGUCCAUCGGGGUCUUGGGAUACAGAUCUUACUGGAAAAAUUGCAAAACAAAAUCCGUAUGAGAGUUCAACUAAUAGAAAACUGUUGAAGGAUACAUAUAAGAGAAGGCAGCACAUGUGUUCUCUAGCUAAUGAAACAGAAACCUCGAAAAAUUCUAACCUUCACUACAUUCCACCCUAUUAA